AUGAAUAGCGCUUCAGGAUCACAGCACCAGAUGGGGUCGUCAGCGUCCAGCACACGCGAUGACUCCACCAUCGUCGGACUGCACUAUCGCAUCGGCAAAAAAAUCGGGGAGGGCUCGUUUGGGGUCCUUUUCGAGGGAACCAACAUGAUCAACGGCGUGCCCGUGGCGAUCAAGUUCGAACCGCGUAAAUCAGAGGCCCCGCAGCUCAAGGACGAGUAUCGCACCUACAAGAUCCUGGCCGGCACGGCCGGGAUCCCGCAGGCGUACUACUUUGGCCAGGAGGGCCUACACAACAUUCUGGUGAUAGACCUGUUGGGACCCUCGCUUGAGGACCUGUUUGACUGGUGCGGACGCCGGUUCUCGGUGAAAACCGUGGUGCAGGUCGCAGUGCAGAUGAUCACGUUGAUCGAGGAUCUCCACGCCCACGACCUCAUCUACCGCGAUAUCAAGCCCGACAACUUCUUGAUUGGCCGUCCCACCACAUCUCAGGCCAACAACGUCCAUUUGAUUGACUUUGGCAUGGCCAAACAGUAUCGCGACCCCAAGACCAAACAGCACAUUCCAUAUCGCGAGAAAAAAUCCUUGAGCGGAACCGCCCGUUACAUGUCCAUCAACACUCAUCUUGGCCGUGAGCAAUCGCGGAGAGACGAUAUGGAGGCUCUGGGCCACGUUUUCUUUUACUUCCUCAGAGGUCAACUGCCAUGGCAAGGCUUGAAAGCUCCCAACAACAAACAAAAAUACGAAAAGAUUGGCGAGAAGAAAAGAGUCACAAACGUUUACGAUCUUGCACAGGGGCUUCCUGUACAAUUUGGGCGUUACUUGGAAGUGGUGAGAAAUCUAGCCUUUGAGGAGACUCCAGACUAUGAGGGUUACCGGAAACUAUUCCUAUCUAUUCUGGACGACAUGGGCACAGAGGCUGAUGGAGAAUAUGACUGGAUGAAGCUAAAUGGCGGUCGCGGCUGGGACUUGAAUAUCAACAAAAAACCUAAUUUGCAUGGUUAUGGCCAUCCAAAUCCACCCAACGACAAAAGCAGAAGACACAGAAAUAAAUAUGCACAGGCACCAGGCAUGGACCCUCAACAGCAACUGCGUUACCAGCAACAGCAAAUUCUACAUCAGCAACAGCAACAGCACCAGCAACAGCAACAGCAACAACAAUUGCAACAGCAGCAGCAGCAGCAGCAGCAGCAGCAGCAGCAACAGCAGCAACAACAAUUGCAUCAACAGCAGAAUUUGCAGCAACAGCAGGCAGUUCAGCAAGUCAGACUCGAUCCAACUUCCUACGAGGCUUACCAACAACAGACUCAACAAAAGUACGCUCAGCAGCAACAAAAGUCUCAGCAAAGUGGUCGUGUGCACAAUUACAACCAGCAAGUUGCCCAACAGCCUCACCAAUAUGGAGCUCAUCCACAACCUGUUGCCAAACAAACCGCUCAGCCAACGAAGACAGCUAACGACGGUCAAUCGUUGUCGUCAGGCAAGGGCUUUUUCUCGAAAUUGGGAUGCUGCUAA